UAUGGUGAUCGCUCUGUGUCGGGCUGACGUCACAGAGGACACCAUAGAGAGAGUGCUGGGAAAAGUUGCCAAGACAGCAGUUACCAAGGCAAUCACCUCGCUAGAAGAUGUGCUACCUCUGAUCGGACAUGACGUCAAGAAGGUGUUGACUAAAGAGGCUGGACGCGUCCUGGAUCAAGCGACCAGUGAUUUAACGUCUAUCCUACAAAGACCACACAUACUGUCAGAAGGGAAGCUCAUCAAGACAUUUGUAAAUAGUUUGAAAAAUGAAAUUCCAAAAAGAAUCGAAGAUAAAUUGAUAUCCAUUUACGAAGCUGCCAAGUCCACCGGUCUGAGCUCCCAGAAGAAACGAGCCCCUAUGAGCUGCCACAGCGAUUUAGACAGGAGUCUUAGAAUAUUCGACUUCGUUAACUCUCUUGACUUCAAGAAUCUGCCUGAUACGGAGCAGAUAUUCGUCUUCGAGAUCCUAGCGGCCGGGGAGAAGUGCAAGCUGCACGACUUUCUCGAACCCGAGACCUCCGAGAGACUGUUUAUCCUGCUCGAUGAUAUGCCAAUGAAAUACGUUCAUCACUUUUUACAAUAUUUAUCCCAAGGUUUGAAAUCCGAGGGCGUGAAUGUGCCCGUGAAAUAAAUUAUACUUUUCUCCGCAUUUAGCAAUACCAUAAAUAAACGUUAAACUAUG